GGCGGCGGCGGCUGCAGCAUCCAGAGCUGCCCGCGGCAGCCGGCGCGCCCAGCGCACAAAGGCUCCUGGCCUCUGGGGAAGGCGAUGAGCGCACUGCAGCCCCUACCCGGGCCCCAGCUGCAACCACUACUGCGUGCGUCCUGGGCUCGGCGCAAGACGCCGCGAGCGCCCGGGGCGGGUGGCCCAGGUGCGGCCCGUGCGCCCUGAGCGCGGGACUCGCCGCCCUCCGGGUCAGCGCGAAGCUUUGGAGCGGUUGGAGCGCGGCCUCGGCGCGCGCCUCGGAUCGGCGCGGUCAAGCGCUUUCCCACACCGGGCGCCAACUUCGCCAAGAACGCUCCCAACUCCCGGGCCACCCCGCCAGGCAGAGGGGGCGCUGCUGCCGGCCACCAGCCGCGAGAACGCGCCGCUGGCCCUCGAGAAGGAGCCAGCAUCUGCGGGGUCGCUCGGGCACCCCUGAGUGGGCGGCGGCGGCUGCAGACGCUUCUCACGGGCGGCGGAGACCUGCGAGCGCUGGGGAUUCCUCCAGGGCGGGCGCUCGCUUUCUCUUUUAUGGAGCUUGGGCCUCUGCCCCAGCCUACUGGAGGCUGCAGCUGUCUGCACUCCAGAAACCAGUUUCUGCGGCCGGGACCCACCCCAGGCUCCAAGGACUGGAGGCACCCACAAGGUAGCAGCGGCCUGCGCAGGCUCCUGCCCCGCUCCGGGAACCAUGGGCCAGAAGCUCUCCGGAAGUCUCAAGUCCGUGGAGGUGCGCGAGGCGGCUCUGCGGCCCGCCAAGCGCGAGCCGCAUGGGGCUGAGCCCGGGCGGCCGGCGCGGCUGGACCAGCUGCUGGACAUGCCAGCGGCCGGGCCGGCCCUGCAGCUGCGACACGCGUGGAACCCCGAGGACCGCUCGCUCAACGUCUUCGUCAAGGACGACGACCGGCUCACCUUCCACCGGCACCCGGUGGCGCAGAGCACGGACGGCAUCCGGGGCAAGGUGGGCCACGCGCGCGGCCUGCACGCCUGGCAGAUCACCUGGCCCGCGCGGCAGCGGGGCACGCACGCCGUGGUGGGGGUAGCCACGGCACGUGCGCCCCUGCACUCGGUGGGCUACACGGCGCUGGUGGGCAGCGACGCCGAGUCGUGGGGCUGGGACCUGGGCCGCAGCCGCCUCUACCACGACGGCAAGAACCGGCCCGGCGUGGCCUACCCGGCCUUUCUGGGGCCCGACGAGGCCUUCGCGCUGCCGGACUCGCUGCUGGUUGUGCUGGACAUGGAUGAGGGCACGCUUAGCUUCGUCGUGGACGGCCAGUAUCUCGGCGUGGCCUUCCGUGGCCUCAAGGGCAAGAAGCUGUACCCUGUGGUCAGCGCCGUCUGGGGCCACUGCGAGGUCACCAUGCGCUACAUCAACGGCCUUGACCCCGAACCCCUGCCGCUCAUGGACCUGUGUCGGAGAUCCAUCCGCUCGGCCCUGGGCCGCCCACGCCUGCGAGACAUCAGCACCCUGCCCCUGCCUCAGUCCCUGAAGAACUACCUGCAGUAUCAGUGAGCCAGGGCACCCAGGGGCUGACCGGCCCGUCCCCCACGCUCACACGGCGCAUCUCCA